AUGGCGCUACCGCUCCUGCCUGGAAACUCCUUCAACAGGAAUGUAAGUGGCUCCACUUUGGAAAAAGAAAAGUUCCAUAAAUCUCAACACUGGAGUUACUGCAAUAAAGUUUCUAUGUUGGUGGGAGAAGACAAACCUGGAAUAGGAGGCGAACCUUUGCCUGGACAAAAGCUGAAACCUAAGUAUAGUGUUUUCCCUAGAGGUGUUGGAAGUGAUGCACCUUCAUGGGUAGCAUUUGAUAAACAGGUAUUGUCUUUUGAUGCUUAUUUUGAUGAAGAAGUUCCUGAGAAAAACCAAGAGCUGUACAGAAUAAGACAUUGUAAAAUAUAUUUCUACCUGGAAGAUGACACAAUUCAGGUGGUUGAACCCCAGGUGAUGAAUAGUGGAAUCCCACAAGGAACUCUUAUUCGGCGUCAUCGGAUUCCACUUCCACCUCCAGAUGAAGAUCAAUUCUAUACUGUGGAUUAUUUCAACCUUGACAAAGAUGUGAUCUUUUAUGGUAGAAGAUAUAAGAUUAUAGAUUGUGAUCAGUUCACCAAGCAUUUUUUGAGGAAGAUAGGAGUCAGACUAAAUCCUUCAGUAAAUCGUCCAGAAGACCCCUAUUCCAAAGAGCGUCAAAAGUUGAUAGACGAUAUGAAGCCUUUGCGUCCCUAUGAGCGCUUUGAUACACUUUGUCAGUUUCUGGAGCAUGAUGGACAUGUUUUACGUUUUUAUGGUGUGUGGGAUGACACCGAAAGCAUGUUUGGGGAUGUUCGAGAAGUGGUGCUACAUUAUUUUUUGGCUGAUGACACUAUUGAGAUAAAAGAAACGAUACCGGUGAAUGCAGGUCGAGACGCUGUACCUCUGUUCCUCAAUAGGCAGAAGCUACCAAAGUAUGCUCCAGUUGGAUUGUACCAGCCUGGUACAAUCACAGAUCGGACAGUCCUUAAUGUGUUCGGAGGCUUAGUAGGAAAUAGAGGUCGUUACAUUCUGGACAAUCGUAAGACAGGAGCUGUGCAUCAGGAAUUUUAUAAAGACUGUGACCUGAGAAUAGGGUCAGUAAUCAAUGUUUGGGGAAGAAAGAUAGUUCUCUGCGAUUGUGAUGAAUUUACCAAAGAAUAUUAUAGGACAAAAUAUGGAGUCAAGGACUUUACUCCAGUUCCAUACAAGGCUCCACCACCUCCAAAAGUAGGAAGACAGAUCCCACCAUACAAUGGAUUUGGCUCUGAAGAAGACUCCCUUUGCUCCUGCAUAGGCUUGCUUCCCCAACCACCCCAAAAGGACUUCAAGAAGUUCAUGGAAAAAGACAGACAAGGCCUCGAAAGCAAUAUACUGCGGUUUCUUGCGCAAUUUAUUACCACUGAUCCCAUUGACAAGGAACGGAAGUUCAUAAUUUCUUAUUUUCUAAGUGAUGAUACCAUUUCAGUGUUUGAGCCCCCACAAAGAAAUACAGGGGUAAUUGGUGGGAAAUUCCUGGAAAGAGGUCGUGUUCCAAAGCCCGGGCAGGAGGUCUUUAAGAGUGAAAUGUCUGAGUACUACACGGCCCAGGAUCUGUAUAUUGGAGCCAAAAUAUGUUUCCAUGGCCACGUCUUCCUUGUGGUGGAUGCUGAUGAGUAUGCUUUCAACUACAUGGAGAAGCAUGCAAAUGAGUUUGCCAUGGCCAAUAUCAGCACCAUCUUGAACAAACUGAAAGCAAUAGGAGAGCCAAAGUCAAGAGAGAUUAAGCAGAUUUUUGCAGCUACUGAUCCUCAGCAUACCACUGUUAUGGACUAUGAUGAAUUCAGAAAAGUGAUGAUGAAUAUCUCAGAUGGAAAAUUAUCAGAACAUGAAAUUAUGACUGUUGGGCGAUAUUACAGUGUAAGAGAUAAGAAUGAAAUGGACAUUACAUUCCUUCUAGCUGUGUCCCAGGAGCAUCUGAAGAAAAGUAGCUUCGAGAACUUUGGUCAACUUUUGGCAUCCUUUGUAUACAAUGACAGAGACAAGUGUGGACUGUUGCCCAGUAACAAGUGCAGGACUAUUUGCAAGUCCUUCAGGCUGCCCAUAGCGGAUGAUCUCCUGCGAGCGCUACUGGCUGCGUUUGAAGAUGGCAAGGAAAACGUAAAUUAUAAGAAAUUAGUUGAUGGGCUAAACUGGAGAGAACAUCCAAUUCCAGCUUUCCAGACCAUCUUAAUUCCUCUACAGUAUGAAGAUGAAUGGAGUGGGCAGCCACCAACCCUUCCAGUGAAAAAAAUCAAAUAUUUACCACUAAUACAGGAUGCCUUUGGGAUUGAAGAAUAGUACUAGUCCACACAAGACAUCUCCUGUGAAGCAAUGUUGCAACU